CUUCAAGGUUUUACCCUCAGAUAGACACAACAGCUGCCUGUCCCUUUAAGACGAUGUGUUGAGGAGUUCACGUCGGGGUCACUAGAAGUUCCUGCCCUCGAUUUUACCUUUUAGUUUUAUUAUAGACUGACAUCACACGGGGCGCUAAAACACUUAAGGCGCACAGAGGCUCCAUUAUCAUCUCGGUCCGCGUUAUUGAGCAGACUAAAAAAUAGCUAAGGAAAUUUAGGAAGACAGAAAAAAAGGGAGAAAAAAUAGGAAAAUUAUGCUGGUGUAAGCACGUUUGCGAGUAUAUACAUAUAUAUAUAUGUCUGAGUUUUUUUUUCUUUAAGAAGAAGGAAGAGAGGAGGGGCAGCGAGAGACUGGGAGGAAAAAAGUGGGUGGGAGGGAGGACGGACCCAAGGAGCGAGAAGAAAUUCAUAUCAAUUAAUAAUCAUAAAAAAAGAAAAGAGAGAGAGAAAGCUGGCAGACGCGUUCGGAAAACUGGCAUGGGUUUUUGGAGGCUGGCAGUUUAACGCUGAAACGUCAGAUAUGACUCCCAGAUACUGCUGAGAUGAUCAUUAAGGGAGACUUAGAUCGGAUGGCAGAAGACAUCGGGCAUGCAGGUGGUGGACUGAAGACAAUGCUGGAUGCCAUGGAUGUUCCAAGUCAUGCUAGGGAUCUCCUCCUGCAGCUUAACAGCCAACGCACCAAAGGCUUUCUGUGUGAUGUCAUUAUUGUGGUGCAGAACGCCCUCUUCAGAGCUCACAAGAACAUUCUGGCUGCCAGCAGUCACUACUUGAAGUCCUUGGUGGUCCAUGACAAUCUCAUCAACCUCGACCACGAGAUGGUGAGUCCAGCGGUCUUCAGGGUAAUCCUGGACUACAUCUACACGGGGCGCCUCAAUGAAGGAGACCCCACCUCCUCCACUGAACCCAAUCUAGGCGCUGUCUUGGCAGCAGCCAGCUACCUGCAGCUGCUCGACUUGGUGGCUUUGUGCAAAAAGAAGCUGAGAAGAAAUGGGAAGUAUCCUCCCCGUCCAGGUCCUGCAUUUCUACCUUACCCAAAGAUGGGGCCCAGCGGCAUGGGUUUAGGAGUUGGAGGCAGGUAUAGGGUAUCUACCCCCGUGAUUCAGUCCUGUCCUCCUGGGGGAAUUCUUAAUACGCCCCGAGCACCGUCACUGGAAGAGCUGGUUCCCCAUCGAAUAACCAUUCAUAGCGGUGAGCUGUAUGCUCCCAUUUCCAACCAGACCUCUCAGGUGUUCCCUUCUCUGCCUGCCCAGCUGGUACGCACUCCCCACUCCGAUAGGAACUGCUCCCCCAGCUUUGGCCUCGAUCUUUCUAAAAAAAGCCCCACCUCCCAGUCCCAGCUCACACCCUCUCAAACCCAUCUGGCGAACAGUCACAGCAAUGAGGAGCGGGAUGGGACUUUAAGUGGAGCCACUAGUCCCAUUCCAGGGACAAAUGGGAGAGCCUUUGUGUCAGAAAAAAUGGAGUCUGCUGACCAGGCAAGUUCCCUUACACCUCCACCUUUUAGCCACCUAAACCAGCCUUUAGCCCCCCACCUCCCUCAUCUGCCCCGCUCAGGUUCCCAAGGGACAGAUCGCUAUGCAUGCACCGGCAGCCCUGAAACCCCGACAGAAGGCGGAGAGGCAGGAAGAGAUAUGAGAAACAUCUACCGCUGGGUGAAACACGAGCCACUGCCAUACGCCGGCGAAGAUGAGGACGAGGAUGAUGACGAAGAGGAAGGGGGUGAGAAUGGAGACCAGCAUCACAACCAUCACAAGCCAGGGGAAGAGAGCGAAGGAGUAGACGACAAAAGUGGCUCUGGCACGGAGGAGACAGGCAGCAGCGAGGGCCGCCCGUCCCCUACCGGACCACUUGGGAGAUUCCACAUGCCGUAUGAGCCGGAAAGCUUCGGGGACAACUUGUACGUUUGCAUUCCCUGCGACAAGGGCUUCCCAAGCUCAGAGCAGCUCAAUGCACACGUGGAGACGCACACAGAAGAGGAGCUGUAUGUCAACUCCGGUGGGGAAAUGGGGAACAGUAAUAACAGCAAUAACAGUUUAACCAAAGGCAUGGGAGGUAACGCAAACGGUUAUGGAAGCCUCAACAGCAGCAACGCGCCAAACAGUAUGUCCCACCUGGAGACCAAAUCUGACCAGGGUCUGAAUUCAGGAACCAUCGGGGAGAUGAUCAGACCUUAUCGCUGUUCCAACUGCGACAAGUCUUACAAAGAUCCAGCCACCUUGCGCCAGCACGAGAAGACCCACUGGCUGACGCGGCCUUACCCCUGCAGCAUCUGUGGCAAGAAGUUCACACAGCGUGGCACCAUGACGCGCCACAUGCGCAGCCACCUGGGCCUCAAGCCUUUCGCCUGCGAUUCCUGCGGGAUGCGCUUCACCCGCCAGUACCGCCUCACCGAGCACAUGCGUAUCCACUCCGGAGAGAAGCCCUACGAAUGUCAGGUGUGUGGCGGGAAGUUCGCCCAGCAGCGCAACCUCAUCAGCCACAUGAAGAUGCACAGCGGUGGGGGAACUGCCGGGGGCCUGACGGCAGAUGGGAAACUGAAGCUUGACUUUGCAGAGGGCAUUUACCCCCUGAGCAAGUAUGCAGCAGAGCACCUGGGGCUGAAGCAGGAGAAGGCAAAUGAGCUUCUCAUUCAAGCGCAGCAGCAACUGGUGGCAGAUGCCAAGGCCAUAGAAAGCCUCUACCCACUCAGCAAGCUGGCGUCGGAGCAUCUAGGCCUCACCCACGACAAGAUGGACAUCAUAAGCCAACCACUGCCCCCUCCUCCACAAUCAAUCUCUGACAGUCGAACCAUUGAUCGCUACUCACCCAGCUAAGACAAUUGAUAUUCCUAGGUGGCAAUCACAGACAAGUCUGCGUGCACUCACAGUUUGCAGUAUUCAAAAGCCAUUCACCUCAACUCCAUAUCUUCCUCUGCACCUCAGACUCAGGCCAAGUGGAACUGGUCUGCUCAUGCACACCCAAAAUGCGUAGAACUGUAAGUGCCUUUCUUUGCAUCUAAUGUGUCUUUUUAAGUCCUUCAUAAAGGAGCUCUUCUUUCUGUGACCAAAGGACACUCAUUGUAAAGAACUUCAGUAUAUUUGUACAGUCUAUGCAAAGAAACCUUUGUUUUUUUUAUUAUUUCAGCCAUUGAGCCAUAGUGACUAAGUCAAAACCAAAAUGAAUUUCUUUUAUUUAUUUUUUGUAUAUGAUGAAAUCCAAAGAAAACAUGUUGCAAAGAGACUUUGCAGUCUGCACCCUAAACCUGUGUACUAUUAAUCUAUGUGUAAAACGAAAGACAAAGCACAUAAGGAACAGCAUUCAGGGUUGUAAAGACCUGAGCAGAACUUUUACCACACGAAUAAGCAAGUCACCUGGAUCUUUUGUACAAUCUUGGGGUACGGGAUACUUUGUGUGUCUGGAUUCAUGCUUUCGCUCCCCCUCUAUGUGAAGUUACCAAAACGUAAAGGCCUUACUCUUUGACUUUUCGCCUCACUCCCCCCCACCCCCGGGUGUUCGUGUGGGUAAAUGCUCAUCCUUUAUGUGACAGCAGUGGUGGCUUAAUCAGCUUUACACCCAGCUCUCAACCACUCAUGAGCUAAAACUUCCUCGGCAGUGUGACAAAUGGACCUUAGCUUUCAGCUGUUUGGAAGAUGCAGUUUAGCAAAGCCCUGUGAUCUCAUAAGUGGGACACGAUUGCACAUACCCAGCUGAUGACACACUAAUCCCUGUUCAAUGACGAGCGCCUCUCCGACUCAUGGGUGUUGGUUUACGCUUUUGUAGAAACAGCUCGGUGAGGAGGAGGAGGCCGAGGCUGCAUUGGUGAUGAAGAACUCUGUCAUUUACCGACAGAAGUUGUUUAUAGGUCAGUAAUAGGGUGACAAUUGAGGGUGGAGGAGGCAGUGGUCAAGGGCCUUGUUGUGGACACUUCUUUACCAGGAUCAAGGUAAACAAAGGUUUACACAAAAUGUUUUUUUUACUUAAACAUUCGCAACAGUUUAAUUUACUCCUAAGAGAUGUGAUCACCAGAGUGAUCAGAGAUCUUUCAUUAUCGUUAAUCUCUGAUAUCGUUACUCAAUAUUAGAAUAUAAUGAGAACUGUCAUACUGGCUGAUGGCGACUUCAGUCUAUAAUCAUCCCUCCUAUUUGUUGAUGUGGCCCCUUGCCUUAAAGCACUCUACUAACUUGGAGGGAGGUUCACUUUGCACACAACAGGCUGCUAAUCUGUCAGCAACACGAUCGGAAGAAAGCAGUCUGUCGUGACUCUUCCCCCGAAAGCUGGUGGGUGAGCAGCCCUCCCCAGCUGCUAUGCUCCAGUAAAUCCCUGUGAAAUCCCACUUUCUCCUGGACAAUUCGCACUCGCUUACCAGCAUGAUGUCCCAUUUCACGCCUGCCAUCUCGCUCCUGUGAUCGACUAUUAAAUGUUACAUCCAAGCCCAGCAAGUGUCUCUUGGCCCCACCUCUCUGCCUCGCUCAAACCAAAGUUUGAAAUAAAUGACAUUUCUUUCCUGACCAAGAGUUCUUCCAACUUGAAAAACACAAAGAGCACUUAAAAUGUUGUGGUUUGAAGGCACAUUUUUGUCUGCAAAUCUUUCUGCCAAAGAACAUGUUGGCCUCUUUUUUUUUUUCUUCUUCUUCUUUUCAUAGUUACUAGUCCUUGAUUUAGAUUAGAAAAAAUUGACCACUAUAGUGCCAACGCCAACCUCUGGAGGUGAAUGUGAAGACUAAAGCCAUAAAUACACUGUGAUAGUUAUUCUGAAAGCCUUAAAGGAAAAAUAAAUAGUGCCUCACUUGUGAAAAUGUCUUUUUUUAAUGUAACGAUAAUUUAAGGGCUUCUCUUCUGGUAGCAUAUGAUCAUAUCACACAUGUUUUAUCUUGUAUCUUCUGUUCUUUUCUUCUUAUUGAUUUGUGGUGCACAUAAAAAAAAAAUCCCCCCCAAAAAAAAAAAACGAAAAAAAAAAAAAAAUGGUGCUUACCUCAGGACUGAACCCAACUAAGCUUUUGUAAACCUUUGCUCAAAAAUAUCGACCCCUAUCACAGAUACACUUUUUUAUUCUUUGCUAAUGGGGUACCAUUCCCCGUUUUAAACCUGUGUUUUUUUUCUUGUGUUUAGACGUAACAUUUUUUAAUAGUUUUAUGCGAAAGAGAUGACAUAUGAUGUUAUGUUUUGCUUUUCAUGUACAGUUUCUGUUACGUCAUCCUCGAAGAGGCUUCUGUUUGACAUGUUUUUAUCUCUACACCAUUAGAGGCUGUAAAUGUUUGUGAUUUUUUUAAUAACUGGGUAUACACGGUUUGCAUUGUUAUUCUUUUCUUUAUUUUUUUUUUUUACUUUUUUUUUAACCGCAUGUACGGCGAUAUUUAGGUGACAAGUGCUGUGUUUUGAAAUAUCUCCCCCACCCACAAGAUGUGAUGCCUCAUCAGCACUUCCUUAAACAGACUGGCAGUGUGUCGGAAACUAACCUCACGUUGCUCGGCUCCCUUUUCUCCUGAAGAUGGUGAACUUUUAACACGAGCCAGGCAGAGGUUGAGCUUGCUCAGAGGCACGCAGGAAGUGGGCUUGUUUUUUGUCGCCCGAUGCUUAAAGUUUAGCGCGGUGAUGAAAAAGUAUAAAACAACUGCUUGAAGCUCAAAGGGCACUUACUGGUUGAAAGAACAUGCUCCAUGUGCAUGUGUCGUAAAAAGUAGGAACAAGCGGAUGUGAGUCGUGGGAAUUUGAGGCUCCUUGCUUUCUCUCAUUCACGAGCUCAAGUGAAAAUCGAAUUCCUUGCCAGCGCCACCGAAAUAACAUGAUACGUUUCCACUUCAAAUCUGUGCUGAGGGGAAACGGAAAGAUAAUGCGUGAAUCUUUUUUACUUUGGAAUAUGUGCCAUUUGAAAUUGGCUUCAUUGCAUUAACGUGUACAACAGGGCAGGGCCGAGAGCAUCUAUAGGAAGGGGGAAAUAUUUGCUUGUCUGUUUGUUGGCCACCAUGCUAUCUGAGUGUAAGAUGGGCUGUUUAAUGCAUGUCCUGGGAAUAGCGUUGGUGUGAAGGAGAGGAGCCGAGGAGCAGGAAGUGAACUUUUGGCUGGUGCGGUGCGCUGAGCAGGAUGUGCCGUGUGUUUCUGCUCACAAACAGAUAUGGUGAGGGACAGAAGCAGGGAGAGCGCAGCAGGGUGGACGUGAGCCAUUGUCUCAGUAAGAAAGCCUGCUCGUACUUCUAAAACCCUAAAUUCAGUACACGAGUGGACUGUAUCUUCUCUGUUCCUUCCUCUCAUUGCUCUUUGGGAAUGAACUUCUGUUCAGUGUCACAGUGAUUGUGGGGCUUUAGGGGCUGCACAGGGACCCUGGCUUGAGGAUGAGAUGGUUUUAUUUCAUUUUUUUUUUAGCUUAUCUUUACCGACACGGGCAAGGUUUGUUGUGUUGCAACCAGAAACUUUAAUAUAUUUUAUUGCAGAAGUGGAAUGAAGGGAGUGUGUGGUUUUCAACAUUUUUCACAAAUACAAAUCUUAAAAGUGUGGCAUGCAUUUGUCUUCAGUCCCCUUGAGUCACCAGUUUUGUUUUCUAUUCACAGCCUGUUUGAUCUUAUUUCCAUACAAGCUCAAGCUCAGUCAAAUUGGUUAGGGAGAGAGUCUGUGCAGAACAGUUUACAUAAGUAUUACCCACAGAUCCUCAAUUAGGGUUUUGUUUGGACUGGGCCAUUUUUAACACUUAAAUAUGCUUUGAUCUAAGCCACUUCAUUGCAGCUUUGGACUGUUAUCUUGACCAGGCCUAAGUCUUUUGCAGCCUAACUUUUUCCAUAAUUGUCCUGUCUUAAGCCUUGUCUACCCCAUUGAGUCUGAGCAUGUUAUCUGUCCCUGCUAAAAAAAAAAAAAAAAAGCAUUCACGCAACAUGAUGCUUCCAUAACUGUAGGGGAUAUUUUUACCUGGUUAUUUCUUCAUCAGAAAGUUGAAGAAAGAAAGAAAGAAAAAGAAAGAAUGAAGAGCUGAACUGUAUUUUAUUUAUGGGUGUCAGCAUAAAGGGACCAAAUACAAAUGCACACUACAAUGCUUGGAUUUUUAUUUGUAAAAAUGUUUUCAGACUAUGCAAACUUUUCCUUCCAUGUCACAAUUAUGCACUACUUCAGGUUAAUCUGUCAGAUAAAAUCCCCUUUAAGUACAUACAAUGUUGUGGUUGUAACAGGACAAAACGUAAAAAAGUUCAAGGGAUGUGAAUGGUUUUGUGUGGCACUGUAAACAUUUUUUAAUGUUGCUCCAAAAGUAAAAUGUAAAUCAGCAAUAAAAAUGUAGGCUUAUUUGUUUUUAUUUCAUAGCUGUCUAAUUUAGUCAGUCAAAUUAAGAGUUUUCUUUCAAUUUACUGACAUAGCCCCAUGGGAUUUUUUUUUUUUGCCAUGCGCCUUCAUUAAAGUUAUUCAGAUGACACACCAAUUGAAAAAAAAAACAAAAAAAAACCCAGGUUCAUCAUAAAGGCUUAGAUUAAAAUGUUUUAAAAAUCAUUUAAUAGGUUCUUAAAAAAACAACUUGUACUCAGAUGAAAAAAGAUAAUGAAAAAGUACUGGUGAAAGUUUUAUAGUGCCAAGGCUUUAAGUUAAAAAGAUGGCUUUUAAAAUUUUUUUUUAUAAAAAAAAAAAGUUUCUCUACCAGCAGAACAGGAAAAGAUUAUGCGACAAGAUGAGUUGUUUGAGGCUCUUUCCGCUGUUCAACUUUUAUUAGAUUUUACUGUGUAGACUAAAAUGACUGAAGCCCUUAGCAGACAUGACGAUGUAAAAAAAUAAAAUAAAGUAUAUAUAUCAUUUUUGUGACUCUCACCAGUCGAACUGUGAAACCAAUUAUAUCCGGUAAAUUGUGACAGGGCUGUUUGUUUCUAAUUGAAUUCAUGGUUAAAUGUACACUGGUAAAAUGAAACGUUAGAAAUAAACCAAUACAAUUGCUUUAACAAUGUGCAUACCUUUUAUUUGCUUAGAUUGUAAUCUGUAUGUCUAAGUAGAAAUAAUAUAGAUUUAUGAGCAAAGAGGCCCUUAAAGUUAAUUAAAUUGUGAUGCAUUUUAAAAAUAUACCUAGCUGGAUUAAUUGAAUUUUACCUAAUUGAGAUCAUGUUACUCCUCUGGUUUUCCUCACAUGCAAAACAAACAAGGAAAAAAAAGACAAAAAAAAAGUUAUUAGCGCACACUAGGUUUGACAUUUAUUCUAAGGUGGCAUGUAAACUGUUCCUUUACAGCUAUAGAUGUUCACCAGUAACAAAUGCUAGAGGGCUAACAAACUCAACUUGCUAGCCAAUUUUACUUUAUCAGCCGUGUCGCUAAACUAUCUUAAGCUGGAUGCAGAAUUUUUGAUUGUAUUCUAUGAAGCUGACACAAUAAAUCUCUUCCUAAACAGCCACAGCUAAGAUGUGCUGUCCAUUAGCUACGACUGCAUCAGGGCUUAGAGGUUAAACCCUUGCUCCAACACAAAAACCUUCUCAGUCACAAUUAUCCAAUGAUGAUAAAAAAAAUUAAAUUUAGGUUUUCCCACUGAACAAAACUAUAUUUGUAAUAUCAAACAUUACAUUUACUCACUAAAAAGUAUAUUACUAGAUAAUAUUUAAACCUUACAAACGUCCUUUUUAUAAUGCAUGCAAAGUCAUGCUGUUACAAUAAUCCUGUCCUAUUUAGAGCCCUAACAGAUAUAAAAAUCCAUUAAUUAUUAAAUCACCCCAUAUUGAUUAACUUCACUAUGUGUAAGAUUAUUGGACGCAUUUACGUAAUGCACCUGUCCAACUACAUGUCAUGCCUGGCCCAUUGCUCAGCAGCGUGAAGAACAAAUCCAAUAUUUGACACUUUCAAGAGUCUUUAUUACAAGCAGCUGCUUUCGAUUUAUUUCCUUCAAACUGCCCUUUCCUUGGAAUAAAGGGAAUCGCUGUAUUGUGAUAUUUAAGUAAAAACAACAACUUUAUUAUACUUAAAAACUUUCUCAAGAAGUCCCACGACCACCCUCCCUCUGGCACUUUGCGUCCAUUGCUCUCCUCCUCCUCUUCCUCCCGCCGGCGCACAGCUUGGCUCCGCUGCCCUUUUCCCCUCACUGAGCGCAGCUUCCCUCUUCACCUCGCUCUGCCCUCCUCCUCUCCCGUUAUCCGCUUAACUUCCAGCUGUUUUUUUAUGCAGAGGACGACCGUUGUCUAAAUGUUUACGUGAAGAGCUAUUUUCUUUUUCUCUUGGCCCUGAUCGAUUUCCAAAAACGAACUUCGAGGUAUGUUUAAAGAAAGUGCAAACUGAUGGGCCAAAAAAGAAAAGUAUCUGACACUGUUAUUACGUUCGGAUUUUAAGCCAAGAAACGGCGUAGUAAAGGGAAGAUUAAAGACAGCGGAUUGUUGUAGAGGAAAUGCGGAAUAAUGCGAGGGGAAAUGUUCAGGGGGAAAAUAUGCUCAGAAAGAUGCCAGUAAAGUAAACAUGUUUGAAAUUGCACAAUUGAGUCGCGCCUUGGCUGCACCAGCCAAGUCAUGCGCUGAGAUGGAGAGAACGAGUAAAAGGAGAAGGGUUGAGAAUAAUAAAGAAAGAGAAAAAGAGAAGAAAAAGUAGUUUGUGCUUGAUGGUCAGAAAUGCCUUUGAGGUUACCGUGAAGAUUUCUCUUUUUUUUUUUUUUGCCAUUUCAUUGUCGAUUGCAGCAACUCUUAUCAGGUUCUUGAAAUGAUUGUUCAUGCCGUUGUGUCUUCCUAGAUGGCGUUCUUUUCAGGAUGAGCAAUUAGCUCCCAGUCAAGGCAGAAACAACAAAGUGCACUUCGUAGUUGGACAGUGGAAGGGUUUGUGCUCGCACGUCAGUUUGCAUCUGUUCAGCUGCAUCGGAUGGAUAAAAACCAUGAAUGUUGGCUUAAUGCUGUUCAUGCAUACAGCAUGCAGCUUCUAAGGAGUUUAAACUCAAAGACAAAGAAAAAGGACAAAAACAAGCAGGAAUUUGGAGGAUUUUAUCUUUCAACACACAGACACACACACACACACACACACACACAGCUGGCUGGCAGACGGCUGCACCAGAUUAGGUCAGAUUUAAUUAGGUUGCCCUGCUCUGUUUGGUGUGUCACUUCUUGUUGAAAAAGCCAUUUUUAAAGAGAAUGUACUCCAAUGACAGAUUCCAGUCCAACCUGUGCCAAAAAAAAAAAAAAAAAAAAAAAUCCAACAAAGCCUCAGGGUUCGUCAUGCAAAAAGCAUCUAUGCUGGUUUAGAAAAAAAAACAUUUUGUGUUGGUAUGGUAGGUUACAAUCUAAUGUAGCUCACAUAGAAACUUAUGGACGCGAAAGUUCGACAGUAACGCAAUGCGACAAGCAGACGGUAGUUGCUGCAAAAAGUUGGAAAAGCACACACUUUAAUGCACGCAUUACAGCUUUAGAAAGGAAAUUAGUUUUUUAUUUUUUUUUGCUGGGUCUUUAAUUGGAUCUUAUUGCAGCAAAAGUUCACGAAACACGACCAGACUCCCAACAUUUUCUUCUGUUUUGUCAUAGUUUUGCAACAGCACAUACUGUACCAUGCAGACAAAUAAAAGCAAUACUUUAAACCAAACAGUAUUUUU